AUGUCUAGUUGGGAGACCACAGCCCUUCGGCUGCACAGCAAUGUGACCGCCCACUCAACACCGAACUCUGCUCACAAGAGUCUGCCACCAUUACCAAGACAAAAGACGAAGACUAGAACGGUUACAGAUGCGAAGAAAGUUUCUGCGGAAGAGGAAUAUGCCAGAACGAAAGGAUGGAAACCACUCUCACUCUCAACCCCGAUACUACUUGCUGUAAUCGCUCUUACGAUCCUCCUCGCCAUCGCUGUUGAAACACUGGCACAACGAAGUGCUUCCCAAGGUGGACUAGCACUGUCUCCCUCACUCGAAGAUAUCCCCGAAUACGCCAAGUUUGGCUAUCUUUAUGUCCCGACCAUCAUCGCUGUAUUGUACAGUAUGAUAUGGAGUUGGAUCGAUCUGGACGUCAAGCGAAUGCAACCAUGGUUUGAAAUGUCAAAACGCGACGGGGCUACUGCCGAGAACUCACUGUUUUUGGACUAUCAAUACGACUUUGUAGCUUUGGUUCCUUUCAAAGCAGCCAAACAGAAGUAG